UUUUCUUUUUCAAACUCAAAUUUAUCUCUUUCUUUCUCUUUCUUUCAAUCUUGAAACAUUUUUUAAUUUCAUUUUAGUUAAAUGAUAUGUUGAAGAUAAACUCUAGAGUCCUGAAGUUAUACAAAGAUCUUACACACGAAGAGAUUAGAAUGGUAUUAUUAAUAAUACAGAGCGACCAACAUAUAGUAUCUGGAUCCGCAUGUGUCAACGAAGGUCAUUUGUCAUUAGAUGGCUCCAUCCAUCCAAAAGUCCAUGCCUUGAAGCCAGACCUGAUACUGAGAAACGACCAAUUGGAGUACGGUGUGGCGGAGAACGGCUUUGUCGAUGAAAGCAGUGUCGGAGAGAAAGAGCUCCAUGAAACAUUCAUGAACCUCCCAAAAACACUAAAAGACAUCAUGCUAAAGUUGAUUGCUAAGGUCGAGCACGAUGAAGAGAGUGUCCGUUUGUUGCGAGUGGUAGGCAUGGUCCAUGCAUAUUUGCAUAUGAAAACAUAUGUGAUGGACGUUCCAGAUGGAUAUAUGUGCUGUAUCCGGGAAAUCAAACAACAGCAAAGUCCAGAAACAUUGAUCGACUUUUAUAAAACCUACAUCCCGUAUUUAGAAGCUGUCCUUAAGAUUAAGUGGAUUCACAACUUCCGCUCAUAA